UAUUCGGCGACCAUUAACGCGCUCUCCCCUGUUGCGGAUCCACGGGCCCCUUGAUCCUCAAAUGCCGAGGCGGCGGUUCUGCAGUAUCCAUGUUGGCAAUUACGACCUUAUCCAGGUCUUCGAGCGAGACCGAUAGCCCUCGAAGUGACACCAACCUGCGACCACGACGUACCAAGCACGUCAAGUCCAGAAAUGGGUGCCUAACUUGCAAGAUUCGACGAGUCAAAUGUGACGAAACAAUACCACAUUGUCGUCAAUGCACAAAGUCUGGCCGCAAAUGCGAAGGUCCAGUCGCACCCCAAAUCCGCUUCAUUCAUGAUGAGCCCGUUCGAAAGUCGACCUCUCCAGUCUCUACCGAUAUUUCUCUGCUUGUGCCGCAUCACACUAGGGAAGAGCGUCAUGCGUUUCACUACUUCAUGAAUCGCGGUGGAUCGCUUGUUGCAGGCACUGUCGACGCUGAAUUCUGGGAAACCCUCAUCGUUCCUCUCUCUCAGAAAUACGACUUUGUCUGGGAUACUGUCGUGAGUAUGGGCGCUCUACUCGAACACGUUCCAUAUACAAUGCUCACCACGACGACAACCAAAGUCGUCAAUCGCGCCCAUCAACAGGCCCUGACAAUGUAUAAUCGAGCCAUCUCGAAUGUCCGACAAUUGGGCGAGCGUGGUCAGAUAGACGACUCCGUUGUCAUCAUGAGCUAUGUACUAUUCGCAUGUUUGGAAUUCCAACAGCGUAAUGUCAAAGGCGCGACCGAUUUGAUGAAGAGAAUCUCCAAGCUUUUGGCAAACAAUCUCACGUCCAAUACCAGCAACCAAGAGUCGAUCUUCGGUCAAGCCAUCCGUGACGUGGUGACUCCAUUCGUCCUGAGAAAGACUGUUCUCAUGGCUACCUUAGGAGACAAUCCACCGUUUCGGCGGGUUGAGCAUGAGUCCAUCGAUGAUUUACUUUCCAGACAUCCGGAGUACAGCAAUGCCAGAGUCCAAUUUUACACUCUGGUGCAUGACGCCUACGAGAUAAUUAGACUUGCGGACUUUGCGCCCAAUUUCAAAGACGAAAAUCCCGACAACAAUAUUGUUUCGUUGCAACGUGAUUUGUUGUUGGACCAACUGAUCCAGUUGAAAGCGUCUUUUAUUGCCACGAGCAGUGGUCGGACACACGACCCUGAACUCGAAUGGGUAGCCUCGUACCUUUUGAUGUACUGGGCAGUCUGUUACACAUCUCUGGCAACUUGCGAGAGCCUUCAUCAGACCAUAUUCGACAAUUACAUCGACCACUUUGCAGAAAUUAUCGAGCACGCCAGGACAUACCUGCUGCACUGCGGUACAUCCACGAACAGUCGACUACUGUCCAGUUUCGACCCUGGCGUCAUCCCACCAUUGUACUUUUGUGCGACCAGAUGCCGGGAUCCGGUCCUAAGACGAGAGGCGCUGCGUUUGAUGCGUCAGGCUCCAGGGCAAGAAAGGGAGAAUCUCUGGGCAUACGUCGAGCCGGAGCGGGUGGCGGAAAAGAUUAUCAUGGUGGAGGAAGGUGUUUCUGAUGUAGAGUUGCAGCAUGUUGGCUCUUCAUUGCCACCGGAAGAGCGUCGCUUCGCGUACUUGAAUGUCGUGGCUCGCCAGGGCGGCGGCAGAAGCGGAAAGCAGUGUCAGGCUCUGCAAAUGAGCAGGUUUGACUUUGCGAGUGAUGGUUCAAGGAAGCUUGUCCACGAGUAUACUUGGUUGGAUGAUGAUUGAUAGAAAGUCACUGAGCCAUUCUUAUGGAAGGUUGAUUUCUGGGAUAUGGUUCAAUGUUCAAUCUGUGGAAUAUACUCGAUUAUAUACU